AUGUCGUCGUACGCAUGGAAUCUUCAGAUAAGAUCCCAAUCUCUGACGUUUGCGUGGCUUUUACGACAGGCAGAGAACGUUUGUCCUCUUCCUCAUCAAAUCAGAAGUCUUGUUGAGCCUAGCGGAGUCGUAUGUUACCAAAAUGGUGGCGUGACCGAUCUCACUAAGAAAGCCCUCAAGUCCUUUGUGAGAGUAAACAAGUCAGCCGAAUGCGAGGCUUCCCUGACGAGGAUACAGAGUAAAUGCGAGAUAGACGCUUUGAUUAACGUGGUGGUCCCCUUGGUUCCCAAGGAAACGAUGGCCACACGUAUUGAAACUCAGACAAGAAGAAACCUGGCCGCCAUUCGGUGUACCCUAUCCAAGUUGGGAAGUCUUGCACCGGCUUGUGGAAGUGUGAAAGACCUUCGGAUAUACCAGCUUGUGUCGGAGCUUAUACAGAAACAGCCGUUUAAGCUCCGAGGCGACGUGGAUUUUCGAAACUUUUUCUGACGUCAUGACUUAAACAUAUCUUUCAACUUAGACUUCAACAUUGCUUUGUCUAAUCUUUGAAAACAGGAUGAAAUCUGCAUUAAAAAUUAGUUGACUAAAUCUUUACUCCAUAAACAUAUAUUAUCCAUAAACAGAUUGAUCGCGUCAUCCUUAAACACUUAUUUUCCUCGCAUGAUAAGGUUUUUGUCGCGUGCAAUGAUAUUGAUGUUCCGCAAUCUA